CACCUCCAUUACGCACCACGAGAACUAUACCCAAGAUAGGCAAGUUGCACGUAUCGCCGGCGUGUCAUAGUGCAUAGAUGUGUGUCACUGGAUGCAGGGUUCUAACAGGAAAGUUCCGAGCGCGUGCCAGCGUUGUCGACGCCAGAAGCUCAAGUGUGAUGUUCAGCGACCAUGUACUCUUUGCCUCAGGGCUGGGGCGCACUGUACACCAGGGCCGACUAGUCGCUGGAGGCCCUAUCAGCCUGUAGCUGCCCAUCCAGCCCCCGAACGCCUCCCCGUGCAGCAACACUCUCGCCAAGAAGUCGACCCAGUUACUGCGCAAAAGACAGAUGACGUCUCGGAAGCCGAAAGAGUAUCAGCGACAGAUGAUUGCUGGCAAUCAAGCUCGAUGCUAUCUCUAGUCGAUGGGGCAUUUCGAUUGCACAACACCCACGCGCCACCAGAUCGCACAACAACUGCUAUCCCAGGAGGCCAUGUACAACAGGCUAGCCCGUUAGCUCCCAGCACUGAAGAGGGCCCAUCACAUUCACAAAGCAAGGAAUCUUUUCUGUCCACGCGACAAUACGUCCACAACGGGUGGUCUUUGCCUGCCACCGAGCUUGUAUCAUUAAUGCCCCAAUUUGAAGCUGCUAGUUUGCUCGUCGACACGUACUUCGACCGCGCUCACUGGUUCAUGUUGAUCUUCCAACAAGAUGACUUCCGGCAGCGAUGGCCGAAGCUAUAUCCACCACACUCAGGCCGACCAGGAGAUCAUACCAAUGCCGCGUUCUUGUCCACCUUUCUUGUGGUUAUCGCAAUCGGGAUUCAUUAUGUGGGCCCAUAUCGGCAAUCACUACUAGCCAGACACGGCGUCGAUUCAAGUCUGAAGGAUCGUAUCCUAUCCUGUGUAAGGGCCAAACUCUUGGAUGUGAUGUCACUCGGUUCGCUGGAAGCAGCGCAGACCUGCGUGCUGCUAGGAACGUACUAUUUAUACCAUGGUUCUCCUCGCCUGGCAUGGCCUGUGUGCGGCUGCGGACUCCGCAUUGCACAGGCCUUGCACCUGCACCGCCGAUUACGGCCUUCGGAUUCCCCUGAUUUUCGCCAGCAGUAUGAAACACGGAAGCGGUGUUGGUGGGCUAUCUAUGAGAUUGAGACCUUUUCUGCCGUGGUAUACGGCUAUCCUCACAGUAUCUGGAAUGCCGAUUGCGACGUAGAGCCCUUGGACCCGUCAGCCAAGCUGCAGGCCAUGCAAAGUCCGAGAACACCCAGCGAACCCCAGGCGCGCAAAACGACAUUGCUGUCCUACAAAUGCCUCAUGUCUGAGCUUUCAGUGGUAACGAAGGAAGCACUGGGCGAGUUGUAUCGCACCAAGACCUUUCUAGUAGAAGAAGGAAAGCCGUCUCGCCCACGAAGGGACUUACAGGAUACCCUGCAAGCAGUGGCUAAGUACAACAGCCGCUUACAGCAGUGGCAAGCCAAGCUUCCCCUCGAACUUCAAUGGGAUCGAAUUUCCGACCAGGCGAAUUACUCGACCCCAGAGGAAAUAGAUUGCGAUAUUGGAGCGACGGGGCCACGCUUUGAGAGCCACAUAUACCAGCUCCAGGCUAUAGCUCUGAUGCUGGCGUACGAGAAUGCCAUGAUUCUGACGCAUAGGCCUCUUCUGUCUUACAAGCUGCGGAGCAGCACGGAGCCUGAGGCUCUCCCUACCAGCUCGGACCGAGCUGAUCAGCCAAGGCCUAACCCAUUCGUCUCGUCACUAGAGGCCUGUCGCACUGCAGCGCUGAGGAUGGCCUCUAUCCAGUCAAGCCCAGUUCUCAAGCUUGUCGCCGAGACCUACGCCGUGACCUUCGUCAGUAUACAUACCUUUACCGCGGGAGUCACCUUGGGUAUUCUGUGUAGCAUGGAUCCCUUGAACCAGCAGUCCAGUGCUUCCAAGCAAGCCCUGCAGAAUGUAAUGGAGAUACAGGAGACGCUCAAGUCGCGCUCGGUGGUGGCGGAGCAAGGACUAGACAUCCUCCAGCGACUGACCAAGCUUGUAAUGCAGAGGGAGCUGGACGUGCUGCUGGGUAAGGCUAAACGCACGACUACGCAAUCGAACAGCCCUAGUAGACCAUCUAGUCAAGGUUUGUCAGACGAGCGACAAGGGCUCUCCAGGGACGUGGCAUCUCAAGUCCCUACUUCCGGGGGCCUAGCGACCCUUAACCGGGGUGCGUCCAGCGCCCUGCCGGGCCCAGAUGACAUUUUUUACAUCAACGAUCCUGCGAUGACGGAUGCACUGCUCGAUUUCGACCAAGCGUUGCUAUCCUAUGCACCUCAACCUUUCGGAGAACAUGAAGAGACGGCAGAGAACCCGAAUCUGUGGCCGCCAACCCUGGACGGCUUUCCGAUCCUUGAACAGACGUGGCUAUGGGAUCUCGACAACGAUCCUUUUUUCAACGCUGACCUCGGGGAUUGACCGUGAAUUGCUUUCGGCUAGAUCCAGAAUACAU